AUGGAAACAUCUAACAACAAAACUAGAACAGGGAAAGAGACUGUGGAGCAGUCCACAUCAGCUGAGAAGAAUAUUACCCAAUCAUCUGGACAUAAACUCAUCAAAAAGGUCAAAGAAGAAAGCAUAAAUGUGACUAAAAUCAUGCAGUCUCUCAAUAACACAAAGACCGAAACAGGUGUGAUUGGUUCUGGGAAAGGAUCAGCUCCACAGCGAAGUCAAUAUGUAGUGAAUGUGACCACUGUAGAGACAGCAGAUGAGGCUAAAGUCCUUUCAAACAAAACUGCUGUCCAGCCCUCUGAUAAGCCCUCCAGGAGGGUAGGAGGAACUGGCCUCGGUUCUGUGAAGAUUGUGAACACCACCUCCUACAGCUUCACUCUUGCAUGGUCAGCACCACAGGGUAUGUUCAGGAACUUCACCGUCACAAGACGAGAGCACAGAGUGGAGGGUGAGGAAGAGGAGGAUGAGGAAGUUGAAGGCCGUGCUCUUGAAGGAGAAGAUAAGGCAGCCACAGCAAAGAACACAACUGAAGUCCUAGUGCAGAUGGAACGGACCAAUGGUACUACGCCCUCUGCUAAAGGUCUUGUUCCCCGAAGUAAAGCCGAAGGAAAGAGAGUCUCCAUGGUUCUCCCUGGAAAUGUUCGUUCUGUGGAGUUCAGCAAUCUGCGGCCACAGACGCGCUAUACCUUGUACAUAUACGGUACUGCUCCAGGGAAAAGGUCCAAGAUUCACAGAGUAGCUGCAGCUACAGGUCCUGAGCUAGCCACAGAGCUGGUGUUCAGCAAUGUAACAGAGUCUUCUCUCACAGUGUCCUGGUCCAAACCAAAGAGUACGUUCACAGGCUUUAGGGUCACCUACACCCAAUUGGUCUCAGGGGAGAGCAGCUCUGUGACUUUAGACUCCCAUCAAUCUCACAUUGUUCUGUCCAAGUUAACUGCUGGAUCCUCAUACCUAAUCAGUGUAACAACCAUUCAAGGCAGGGUUCAGAGUGAUGCCCUUACAUCCAUCAUCACCACAGUGCCCGCCCCUCCAACCCAGCUUCAAGUAAUCAACGUUACAGAUACACGAGCUGUGCUGCAAUGGACACCCAGUCUGGGAAAAGUGGACCGCUUCAUCAUCAGUUAUGAGUCAUCAAAAACUCCUAAUGUGACUGUGACAGUGAUGCUCUCUGGGAACUCAGUGGAGUACCAGCUGAAGGGCUUGCAGAGAGGCACCGUAUACACUGUUAAGGCCCUAAGCCAGAAGGACAGCCUCCAGAGCACAGUCAUCUCAACCACAUUCACAACGGCUAAUGUGGUUAAGGCCAGCCAGGUUGGUGCUCACUUUGCUGUGGUAGCAUGGAAAGCUCCAGCUGUUGCUUUUCACAGCUACAGGCUGACCUACCAAGUGGCAGGAGGGGAGACCAAAGAGGUGAUCCUGGACCCCAUCAUCACAGAGUAUAAGCUGACGGGGCUUCUGUCCAUGUCAAGGUAUACUGUUCUGGUACAAGGUGAAAGAGAUGGACACUACUCAUCCAUUGUCACCACAGAAUUCAUCACAGGGAAACAGCGUUUCCCAUUCCCUGCUGACUGCUCUCAGCAGCUGUUGAACGGAGUGCUACAGUCAGGAGAGAUGGAUAUCUACCCCCAAGGGAAAGAUGGAGGAGCUGUGCGAGCCUACUGUGACAUGGAGACGGACGGAGGCGGCUGGACGGUGUUCCAGAGACGGAUGAAUGGAAAGACUGAUUUCUAUCAAACCUGGAGUAACUACAGUGCUGGUUUCGGAAACUACAGUGACGAGUUCUGGCUUGGAAAUGAGCUUCUGCACAACCUCACCAGCAUGGGCUCUGUGAGUCUGAGGGUAGACUUGCGAGUUGGAAAUGACACAGCUUAUGCCCACUACUCAAACUUCACCAUCAACACAGAGGGAAAGAACUAUGCCAUCACCGUGUCUGGCUACACUGGGACAGCAGGUGACUCUAUGAGGUACCAUAAUGGACGACCAUUCUCUACCUGGGACAAGGAUCCUGACCCUCUUGGGAUCCACUGUGCCAAGGCCUACAUGGGUGGCUGGUGGUACAAGAACUGCUACAAGACCAACCUCAAUGGUCUCUAUGGCAUCAACAGUAACAAUCAGGGAGUGGUCUGGAUAGACUGGAAAGGCAAAGACUCCUCCAUUCCCUUCACUGAGAUGAAGCUCAGACCAUCUGGCUUUCUUCCAUUAACCCGCGGCUAA